AUGACUCAGUUCAUUCCGCGCAGCACCUUUCCCAACUAUGGGGCUAUCCCAAGGUCCUACUUCCUAGGACACCACCGGGCUGGUCUAACUAAAAUGAAGAGCAUGCUCUCAUCUAUUGACUAUGUGGUGGAAUGUCGUGACUACCGCGCCCCUGUGACCUCAAUUAAUCCUAUGUUCGAGGAAGCUCUGGGUAAGAUGCGGCGACUGAUCGUUUACACAAAAAGAGAUCUUGGGAACACUCCCAAAUCCUCCGCCCAGAAAAUAACAGAGCGCAAGCUGCAAAACUUUGACCCGCAGAGUGCGGUGUUCUUCACAAGCUCAUCUUCCCGCCAGGACGUCAGUCAGAUCAUUAAACACCUGCGCACCGAUGCCGAAGCCCUUGAUAAACUCGUCGGAUGUCGUGUACUAGUCGUCGGAAUGCCUAAUGUUGGAAAGUCAACUUUGAUCAACAAUCUACGAAAUUCAGGCGUCGGUAAAGCGAAGGCACUGAAGACCGGCCAGCAGCCUGGUAUCACACGGAAGGUUGCCACCCAAGUGAAAAUCAUCGAGCGCGAGGGGGGAUCGCACGUCUAUGUGCUGGACACACCGGGAGUCUUCAUGCCCUACGUUCCAGACGCCGAGAACAUGUUAAAACUGGCACUUUGCGGUUGUGUCAAGGACAACGUCAUAUCGCCAAUUACUCUUGUGGAUUAUUUGCUAUAUCAUAUCAACUUGCAUGACCCGACAGUUUACAAGCGCUGGUCCGAGCCGACGAACGAGGUUGUCCCGUUGCUCGAGAGUUUUGCACGUCAAACUGGCCUGCUUGGGAAAGGUGGAAUCCCAAAUACAGAGGGAGCUGCGCUUAAUUUCAUAUCAAGAUGGCGACAAGGCGAGUUGGGUCGGUUUCUGGUGGAUGACCUCGAAGCCGAGCAACAAAAACGCGAGGAUCCGGAACAAAAAGAGCGCAUGAGCAUGACGCAAGCCUUGAGAGCAACAAGGGGGGCUCGCAAGAACAAGCCCAACGUGGCUAGCACCAGCGUGACUAGCAAUCUGUAA